AUGUUUGCAAGCAGCAGGAACCAUGAUCAAUCAUCAUUUGCCCAGGUCCUUCGCCAACGGCGGCCGCGCAGAAGAAGACCAGAGCGCACAGCUAGCGGCAGCCCACCUCCCAAGUCGACCCCAGGGUCGUCGAUCACGGCGGCUCCAGCAGCACCCACCAUCGCGAGCCCGGCUGAGAUCGCGCCCGACCAAACCCCCAACUUCCCCACAACGGCGGCCCUCACACCCGCCGAGCAGUACACCGGGUUCCCAAAGUCCCAGGCCGCAGCCCUGGGCAACGCGCAGUCGCCGUUCCUCCCACCCAGCGAUACUUUCCAAAAGAAGAGCAAUCCAAGGGGUGGACAUGUCGGCGUCCGGGGCUGCAGGCACGUCCGCUACGAGGCCCGCAAAGCGAUCGCGGACGUUCGAGCCUGGAACAGUUAG